CGAAAAUAAUAUACAACUCUCUGUUAACAUUUUCUUCCCAAUUCUCAUCUCACUCUCUGCGCCAUUUACAGACCUCCACCCUCCCCUCUCGCCGCCUCUCUCCCUCUCGCCGCGAUCUCCCGUUUCCCGUUCGUCUCUCGCCGGCGCCGGCGCCGCCGCUCUGCUUCUCGAGCUCGCCGCUCGCAGCUCGCCGCCGCCUCUCUCACUCGCCUCCCCCAACCCUCUCUCGCAGUUUCUUGUCUUUCCACUGCGACUUCUUCUUCGUCUGUCUGUCUCCUGCAAAACCCUAGUGUCCCUAGACCGUAGAGUGAAGAGGGUAAAUCUAAAAAGCUAGGAAAAAUGAGGAUUAUGAUCAAAGGUGGUGUGUGGAAGAACACGGAGGAUGAGAUCCUUAAAGCUGCGGUUAUGAAAUAUGGAAAAAACCAGUGGGCUCGAAUCUCGUCGCUUCUCGUUCGGAAAUCUGCCAAGCAGUGCAAAGCUCGAUGGUAUGAGUGGCUUGACCCCUCCAUUAAAAAGACUGAGUGGACAAGAGAGGAGGAUGAGAAACUACUCCAUCUUGCUAAACUCAUGCCAACCCAGUGGAGAACUAUUGCACCAAUUGUCGGGCGUACUCCAUCCCAAUGCCUCGAGCGGUACGAGAAACUCCUUGAUGCUGCUUGUGUUAAGGAUGAGAAUUACGAACCAGGAGAUGACCCAAGAAAAUUGCGUCCGGGAGAAAUUGACCCAAACCCAGAAUCAAAGCCUGCACGUCCUGAUCCUGUUGACAUGGAUGAAGAUGAGAAGGAAAUGCUUUCCGAAGCACGAGCAAGGUUAGCAAAUACUAGGGGAAAGAAGGCAAAAAGAAAAGCCAGAGAGAAACAGCUGGAAGAAGCAAGAAGGCUUGCUUCACUUCAAAAAAGGAGAGAGCUUAAAGCUGCAGGGAUUGACACUCGACAUCGGAAGAGAAAGAGAAAAGGAAUAGAUUACAAUGCAGAAAUUCCUUUUGAGAAAAGGCCUCCUCCAGGUUUUUUUGAUGUUAGUGAGGAAGAUAGACCAGUGGAACAGCCCAAGUUUCCAACAACAAUUGAAGAACUUGAAGGCAAAAGAAGGAUUGACGUAGAAGCUCAAUUAAGGAAGCAAGAUAUUGCAAAGAAUAAAAUUGCUCAGAGACAAGAUGCUCCAUCAGCUGUACUGCAAGCAAAUAAGCUAAAUGAUCCAGAAAUGGUGAGGAAAAGAUCUAAACUCAUGCUUCCUGCACCCCAAAUUUCAGACCAUGAAUUGGAGGAAAUUGCAAAGAUGGGAUAUGCCAGUGAUCUUCUUGCUGGUAAUGAGGAGCUUGCAGAAGGAAGUGGUGCUACACGAGCUCUUCUUGCUAGUUAUGCACAGACACCACGUCAAGGAAUGACACCUUUUCGAACUCCACAAAGGACGCCGGCUGGGAAGGGUGAUGCUAUAAUGAUGGAAGCCGAAAAUCUUGCUAGGCUGAGAGAAUCUCAGACUCCAUUAUUGGGAGGAGAGAAUCCGGAGCUGCAUCCUUCAGAUUUUUCAGGGGUUACCCCAAGGAAAAAGGAGAUUCAAACACCAAAUCCUAUGCUGACACCCUCAGCAACUCCUGGUGGUGUUGGUCUCACUCCUCGAACUGGCAUGACACCAGCGAGGGGCGAUGCUUAUUCAUUUGGUAUGACUCCAAAAGGAACACCUAUUAGGGAUGAGCUACAUAUCAAUGAAGAUAUGGAUGUGCUUGAUAGUGCAAAACUUGAGUCUCAAAGGCAAGCUGAUUUGAGGAGAAAUCUUCGCUUAGGACUAGGCAGCCUUCCGCAGCCUAAAAAUGAGUACCAGGUAGUUAUGCAACCAAUUCCGGAAGACAAAGAAGAACCAGAGGAGAUGAUUGAAGAGGAUAUGUCUGACAGGAUUGCUAGAGAACGGGCUGAAGAAGAAGCAAGGCAGCAAGCAUUACUUAGGAAAAGAUCAAAAGUGCUACAGAGGGAGCUUCCUCGGCCUCCUACUGCUUCUUUGGAACUUAUUAGAAAUUCUUUGAUGAGAGCUGAUGGAGACAAGAGUUCAUUUGUUCCACCUACCCCUAUUGAGCAGGCUGAUGAAAUAAUAAGAAAGGAACUUCUUGCUUUAUUGGAGCAUGAUAAUGCGAAGUACCCAAUUGAUGAGAAGAUCAACAAGGAGAAAAAGAAAGGUUCCAAGCGCAUUGGAAAUGGACCUGCUGCUGCUAUCCCCACAAUAGAAGAUUUUGAAGAAAAUGAGAUGGAAGAGGCUGAUCAUUUGAUAAAGCAAGAGGCGCAGUAUAUCUGUGUUGCAAUGGGGCAUGAAAUUGAAUCGUUAGAUGAAUUUGUGGAAGCUCACAAAACCUGCUUGAAUGAUCUUAUGUACUUCCCCACUAGAAAUGCUUAUGGACUUUCCAGUGUUGCUGGAAACCUCGAGAAACUAGCUGCCCUGCAGGAUGAAUUUGAGUAUGUUAAAAAGAAAAUGGACGAUGAUACUGAGAAGGCUGUGCGGCUUGAGAAGAAGGUUAAAGUACUCACACAUGGCUAUGAGACACGGGCGAAAACGAGCCUUUGGCCGCAAAUUGAGGUGACGUUCAAGCAGAUCGACACUGCAGCAACGGAGCUGGAGUGCUUUGAAGCUCUUCAAAAGCAAGAGCUAUUAGCUGCUUCACACAGGAUUAGUGGUAUCUGGGAGGAGGUUCACAAACAAAAAGAGCUGGAAAGAACUCUGCAGCUACGUUACGGUAACCUUUUGGCAGACUUGGAAAAGAUGCAAAAAGUCAUGGACGAGCACAAGGCACGGGCACUAAAGGAAGAAGAAAUAGCAGCAGCGAAUCGUGCUCUUCAGUUGGCUGCGGUCGAGGCCGAGGCUGAGGCUAAUCAAACCAUUGGAGUAAAUGUUGAAAGUUCUGAAGCCGUGUCUGCAUUAGCAGUUGAUCAUGAAAAUUCUAUGCCUGUUACCUCAUCUCCUAAUGAAAUAAUGGGUGAACAACCGAACUCGUCUGAAGGACAGGGACAUGAACAUGGCACUUCUAGUGCUAUGGAUAUUGGUUUGGAGAAAGAGAAUGCAGCGGUGAGCUCGGAUAUUGGCUUAUCUGAUAACAAACCCACUCCCGCCACAGAGAACACAUCAUUCCAAGACAAUGGUUUCGAAAAUUCUGAUCAAAGUCACACUGGUGAUGUUCCUUCUCAAGAACUCUCGGCCCCUCCUGCAAAUGGCACUCCAGAAGUAACCACUGUGGUCGAAAAUAAGAUCACUGAUGAUUUGGUUCAUGGAGUAGCUAUCGAAAAUGCCGAGAUUGUUGAGGGAGUCAAAGAUGUCGAAAAUCAGCUGCCUGUGAUUGAAUCUGGAAGCUCAGAUGUGAAUUCGACUCAUUCAGAUUCCGCUGUGCCUGCAUUUUCUAAUGAGGAUGGCCCUGCCACUAACGAUGAUGUGGAAAUCCCGCGGGUGGCAUCAAAUGACUAGAUGAUAGACGAUUCGGACUGUUUUGCAGCUUGUUUUUCUGGUGGGAUGAGAGAGAGGGAGGAUGAGUGAGAGUUAAUUCCAUGAAAUAGUGUAAGCAAAUGAUUUUAACGUAAAAAGAGAAGCUGGGGUUGAGAUUGUCUGAAACAACCCCUUAUGAUGAAGCACACACCAGUUUGUAUUGCUUUCUUUUUGUAGCAUUUUCUUCACUAAAGCUUAAUAUUUAUGGGUAUCGAUGACAUUUCACUAGUAUUGGAUAUUUUAAUCUCUA